AUGUCAAGCUCUAUAGUCAACUCAAAGCCAUAUCCUUUCCAAUUCGAACCCGAAAAUGGCAACAAUACAACCAACGAGACGUAUCAGGCAAAUGUACAGAAUGUACGUGGCGGACGACCUUCCCCACAAGCAUCCCGCCUUCGGACCAUGAUGCUCGAGGCAUGGAAGCAGCCCAACAAGAUAGUUGCCAUGGCAUGCAGUUUCGAUGCUCUGAGUUCCAAAUUGGCUGAGCAAGCUGGCUUUCCGGUGGUGUUUCUUUCAGGCUUUCCCGUAGCAGGAUCGCUAGGUUUACCUGACACAGGCUACAUUGCCUUUGGCGAAAUGUCACAGAAGGUUGCUGAAACGGCCCGCCAAGUUCAAUGCCCUAUUCUUGUGGACGGCGACACUGGUUAUGGAGGCCCUAUGAAUGUCAAAAGAGCGGUCUACGGCUUUGCUCUUGCUGGUGCUGCUGGAGUUAUGAUUGAAGACCAAACGUGGCCAAAACGUUGUGGACACACCCAAGGCAAAGCCGUCGUCCCUGAGGAUGAGGCAUAUGCUCGAAUGCAGGCCGCCGUGGACGCAAGAAAUGAGGGGAUGGACAUCUGGAUCCUAGGUCGAACCGACAGCUUUAUUCAUGGCUAUGACGAAGCCUUGAAAAGAGCUCGGCGAUACAUUGAGAUCGGGGUAGACGCUGUCUUCGUUGAAGCAGUCCCCGACCGUGCCACAAUGGAGCGUUUUGCACGGGACUUGGAUUUCCCCAUGAUGGCCAAUAUCAUCCCCGGUGGUCGCACAGAAAGUGUAUCGGCAGCAAGUCUUGCCGAGAUGGGCUACAGCGCUGUUGUAUACCCUUUCACCAUUCUUGCCGCUGCGAUACAGGGCAUUCGGGAAUCGCUGGAAGAGCUCAAAGAAUCAUUCACUUCCGACACAAUACCACGGACUCUGCCUGCCUCGGACGUGAUGGAGGCAGUGGGAUUCCCCCAGUAUUAUCAGGAGGAAGAGCGCUAUGCAUACAGUGGCAUGCUGAAUGGGACCAAAGGAUACCAGUGGGAGCAUAAGGUAUAG